GCAUGGGCCAGCAGAGGUUUCAGCACAAUAAACAUAUGCGCUCAGGAAGGAGAUCCGGGGUUCAGUGAAGCGCAACUAGAAUACACUAUUGCAGUCUUGAGUCACGCCCGAAGCACCAGAAAGCAGUCAAUGACUCGGUGACUGCUACGCACGUGAUCAUUGCCUGCGAUUCUUUCGCCUGCUUGGCGCUUUUUCCACAAUCGACUGGCUUGUGGCCGGCACCAAGAUCCCAUUAUUUGAUGCCGGGCGACGACAACAUAUAACGAGAGCUUGUUGUCGAAAUCGAGCCUGUCAGUCCCAUCCUUCGUCAAUACCGCAAUCAUGGCUCCAGGAUUCGAUCAGCUCUCCGACCAUGACUACGACGAUGACAUCGAAGACAUCGACUUCAGCGACCUCAAAGAAAGAUAUGAUGUGCGCAUGGAAGAAGGACUCGAUACUUUUGUCGUCGUCGAUGGUCUACCUGUGGUCAACGAAGAACAGAAAUCAAAACUCAUCAAAUUCCUGUCUAAGAGAUUAAACUCAGUGGGAAGAAUAAAAGAUGGCGAAGAAUCUAUUUUCAUGCCCAUGAACGACCAGGGCAACUCCGAAGGCUUCGCAUUCGUCGAAUACCAGACACCGGAACAAGCGGUGGCCGCCACCAAGCAACUCCACGGCGUAGCCCUUGACAAGAAACACACACUGGCAGUGAACAAGCUCACCGAUAUUGAAAAAUAUGGCAGAGAAGGGAGAAUCGAUGAAGAAUACAGCCCUCCUGAGAUCGAACCAUUCUCAGACAGAGAGCAUUUGAGAUGGUGGCUUUUCGACCCCGCUGCUCGAGACCAGUUUGCCAUGUUUCGUGGCGACAACGUCGGUGUAUAUUGGCACAACAAGAAAGAACCCCCCGAACCUAUCGUCGACCGAAAACACUGGACACAGUUGUUCGUAUCCUGGUCUCCGCAUGGAACAUAUCUUGCUUCAGUACAUCAGCAGGGUGUACAGUUGUGGGGCGGGUCGUCAUUCAAGAGAAUCAAGCAAUUUCCCCAUCCUUUUGUCAGCCUUGUCGAGUUCUCUCCUGGCGAGAACUACUUGACAACCUGGUCCCAUCAGCCUAUUGUUGUAGAGGAAGGCAAGGGUCCGCUCACACUUGACGAGGAAGGCAAGCAUAUCAUCAUCUGGGACCUUACGACGGGCAAACCGUUGCGUUCUUUUGUUGCCUAUGACCUUGCUCCUCCACCAAACAUGGACCCCAGUGCUAUCCCGCCAAAAGCCAAAGUCCAAUGGCCCGCUUUCAAAUGGUCCGCAGACGAGAAGUUUGUGGCUAGAAUGAAGCCAAACGAGAGCAUCUCCGUCUACGAACUUCCCCGAAUGAAUCUCCUCGACAAGACAUCGAUCAAGGUUGAAGGACUUGUGGAAUUCGAGUUUGCACCCGCCAUUACACAACGUGAAGGGGUCAAGACGUACGAAUCACUUAUCAGCUUCUGGACGCCAGAAAUGGGCUCCAACCCUGCCAAAGUCACUCUUAUGUCCCUUCCUAGCAAAGAGAUCGUCCGGACAAGAAACCUGUUCAAUGUCACUGAUGCCAAGCUGCACUGGCAGUCGGACGCCAAAUUCCUUUGCGUCAAGGUCGAUCGCCACUCGAAAUCCAAGAAAUCCCUUGCUACGAAUCUCGAGAUUUUCCGCAUCAAGGAGAAGGGUGUUCCCAUCGAAGUCGUCGAUAGCUUGAAGGACACAGUCAUCAACUUUGCCUGGGAGCCCAAGGGUGACCGGUUCGUGAUCAUCACAGCAGGCGAAGCCGUUGCUGGAUCAAAUGUCCUGGCAAAGACGGCUGUCUCUUUCUUCGUACCGGAAAAGGUCAAGGGUGCAGGCACUGGUGCAUUCAAGCAUGCCCGUACGUUCGACAAGAAGAAUAGCAACGGUAUUUAUUGGUCGCCCAAAGGAAGGUUUGUGGUCGUUGCCACGGUCAGUGUCCAGCAAUUUUCGGACCUUGACUUUUACGACCUCGACUAUGAGGGCGAGAAGCCUGAAAGCGAGGCCCAUCUCAACGCCAACUUGAUGCUCAUGAACUCCGAGGAUCAUUAUGGCAUGACCGAUGUAGACUGGGACCCCACUGGUCGAUACGUUACGACCAGUGCUAGUGUGUGGACACAUCAGAUGGAAAACGGUUUCAAGAUGUGGACGUUCUACGGCCAAUUGCUUCAGGACGCACCGACGGAGAAAUUCAAGCAACUUCUAUGGCGACCGCGACCACCAACGAUGCUGUCGAAAGAGGAGCAACGCACAAUCAGACGUAAUCUGCGUGAGUACUCGAAGGAGUUCGAAGAGCUGGACAAGGAGCUGGAAGAGGGCGCCAACCAGGCUGUCAUCGAUGCUCGACGGAGACUGUACGCGGAAUGGUACAGCUGGGUGGAGCAAGAGAAGGAGCUUCUCCGGGAAGAGAGGGAGGAUAUGGGCUUGCCAGACCCGGAUGCCGAGUUGGAACUCCAGCGUACGAAGAGUGCCGAUGUGGAAGGAGAAAAGGUGGUCGAAGAGGUUGUGGAGGAGGUUAUCGAUGAGACCGAAGAGAUCGUGUCGUAGAUCUCUGCAUCUCGCUCGAGGAUGUGCGUGUGUCUAUGGGCCAUGCUCUUAGAUGGGCAUUUAGCAUUGGAUGUUUCUCAGCAUGAAUGGCAUGUGUAGCACCCUGAGUGUGUGGUUGAUUGUGGCUACGCGAAAAGCAUCAAGCGCAAACAAGGAGAAAACAUGAACAUCGCAAUGGUAUGGGACAGUGCCGGCCAUUGAUACAAGAAUACUGGAUUCUGUU